AGUGCGACUGUCCCCACUCCAAGUUCGGCUGGAAAGCACUCGCCCUGCUCGGUCAUCCAUGGCGACCUCCACUCCACCGCCUGCCUCCCACGCCUCCUCCUCCCCCCACUGACCAGUGAUCCCUUCCUCUCCCUCCCUCCGUCUCUAGCUUCGACAUUGCCAGCCACCCCUGUCCACGGCCGCCGCGCCAACUGUCUCAGUGUCAGACCCACGCCACGAUGGCUCUCUCCCCGCCUUCCCCUCCUCACGCCACCACCGUCCUGCUCCUCCUCCUCCUCCUGCUCACCUGCACCGCCGCCAGCAUUGCCACCCUGGCGUCCGCGCAGCCGCAGCCGCAGCCGCUGGCGUCGUCGCAGGCCAAGGCUCUCCUCCGUGUGCGCCGCCUGCUGUUCUACCCACCCGCUCUCGAGCCGCUGCGCGGGGCGCCAGACCCCUGCGCUUUGCCGCCGACUCCAUCCCUCGCCGUGGCGUGCGAGGGCGGCCAGGUCACGGCGCUCUCGGUCCGGGGCGACCGCGACCCGGACGCGGCGUGGCGCGCCGCGCUCCCGGCCACCUUCUCCUCCGAGGCGCUCUUCACCACGCUCACCCGGUUCCCGGCGCUGGCGCGGCUCUCGCUCGUCAGCGUCGGCGCAUGGGGACCGCUUCCGGGCGCCAAGCUCCGCCGGCUCCAGGCGCUGCAGCAGCUCAACCUCAGCUCCAACUACUUCUACGGCGGCGUCCCCAACGACGUCGCGCGGCUCUACUCGCUGCAGAGCCUCGUGCUGUCGUGGAACUGGCUCAACGGCUCCGUGCCGUCGCUCGCCGGGCUCCAGUUCCUCCAGGAGCUCGACGUGUCGCACAACCGCCUGGGACCGGGGGCGUUCCCGGACGUCGGGAACGCGGUCGUGCGCCUCGUCCUGGACGACAACAACUUCACGGGGAGUAUCCCGGCGCGGGUGGUCAGCUCGCUGGGACAGCUCCAGUACCUCGACGUGUCCCGGAACAGGCUGCAGGGCUGGAUCCCUUCCUCCAUCUUCGCGCUCCCGGCGCUGCGGUACAUCAACCUCUCACGCAACCGGCUGGCCGGCCAGCUUCCCGCGACCACGGCUUGCGCCGACGCGCUGGCGUUCGUCGAUGUCUCGGCGAACCUGCUCACUGGGUCACGCCCCGCGUGCAUGCGGGGCAACUCCUCGGCGCGUACGGUCCUCGUCGCGGGCAACUGCUUCGCCGACGCCAAGCAGCAGCGGGCCAGCUCGUACUGCAACCCCGGCGCGCUGGCCGCCGUGCUGCCGCCGCCGCAGGGGAACGGAGGAGGGCAGGGGAGGGGGAAGAAGGGCCACCAGAUCGGGAUGGUUCUCGCGAUUGCCGGCAGCGUCGUUGGUGCCGCAUUGCUCAUUGCGCUGGCCACGGUGGUGGUCCUGAGGAGGGCGAGGAGGCAGCAUCCAGAGGCGACCAUCCUGCCCAAAUCGCCCGCGGCGACACCGACCAAGAAGGCGGAUGGAUGGAAGGCUCCGGCUAAGGCAACCCAGAAGAUUAUUACUCCUGCUGAUAAGAGACAUGCAUCACAGGCUGCAAGGGUGAAUACACUGGAAGUGCCAGUCUACCGAGUGUGUACACUGGAGGAGCUCGAAGAAGCAACUGACAAUUUUAGUUCCUCCAACCUAAUCAAGGAUAGUCCUCUUGUACAGCAUUAUAAUGGUCAGCUUCAAGAUGGUUCACGAGUAUUAGUUAGAUGUUUGAGGCUGAAGCCGAAGUACUCCCCCCAGAGCCUUGUCCAAUACAUGGAGAUUAUUUCUAAGCUUCGGCACCGUCAUUUGGUCAGCAUCAUUGGUCAUUGCAUUGUCAGUGAUCAGGAUAAUCCUAAUAUUGCCAGCUCAGUAUACCUCAUUUCUGAAUGUGUAACAAAUGGAUCUUUAAGAAGUCACCUUACCGAGUGGAGGAAACGUGAAAUGCUGAAAUGGCCACAACGGGUUUCUGCUGUCAUUGGUGUUGCGAGAGGAGUUCAGUUUUUGCAUAAUGUGACUGCUCCAGGCAUCGUACAGAAUAAUCUCAACAUAGAACAUAUCCUGCUGGACAAGACCCUCACAUCGAAGAUCAACGACUUCAGUCUUCCAAUGAUAUCAAUUAGCAAGAAUGGCAAGAUUUUCUCAGAGACCCCAUUUGCUGUCCAUGAAGAUAAUGAUAUUGGCAGUGCUCACAAUGGGGAACAAGGUGACAAGCAAGACAUCUACCAGAUUGGCCUAAUUCUCCUGGAGGUGAUCACAGGCAAACCAACAGAGUCCCAAAGCCAACUAGAGUCACUGAAAGCUCAGCUGAGCGAGGCCCUGACUGAAGACCCAGAUAGGCUGAAAGACAUGGCAGACCCAGCGAUCCAUGGUACUUUUGCAGUGGACUCCUUGAGCACAGUCGCUGAGAUAUCCCUCAACUGCACGGCUGCUAACCCAAGCGACCGGCCUUCCAUCGACGACGUACUCUGGAACCUGCAGUACUCCAUGCAAGUGCAGGAUGGGUGGGCGAGCAGCGAUAGCUUAGGCUUGAGCGUCAAAUCACAGGCUUAGGUGCACAGUGAAUCACAGGCUUAGAUAAAGGCGCAGUGAUUUUGUUCCUACUUCCUACAAAUGAUAAUUAUGAAGCUCUAGGCACCGGCACUCUGCCUCUUGUUUUUCUGUUUUUUGUUUCGGAGAAGAUAGGUCGUUGGUGUUCUCUACUGUACAUAUAUAUAUGUGGACCUUUCCUUUUUCAGGACUGUUUUUUGUGGUGUAAAGCUCAGGCUCUAUUAAACAUCGACGCCAUGAGGUUAAGCGCUCGUUCACCAGAUGUGUGCUGACAACUGACAUUUAUGCAGCAGCACACAAGCUGUAGUUAAGCUGGGAAUUACAGACUGAAUUCUUUGAAACA